AUGGCCGCGGUGCCGGCGGAGCGGGAGAGGCCCCGGCGGCGGGAGGAGCGGGCCGGGGGUGCGAAGCGGCGGCGGCGGGAGGAGCCCCCUCAGGAGCCACCGGAGGAGUCUCCGGAGAGGCCGGCAGAGACCCCGCGGGACUCCCCGGCCGAGCCCGGGUACCUGGCGCUGGCCCGCGGGCUGCUGGCCGGCGGCGCCCCGGCCCGCUGCAGCCCCGCGCCCGCCCGGCCCGCCGGGGAGCCCGCGGGGGACGGAGCCGGAGAUGGGGACGAUCUGCUGGGGCAGCUGAUCCGAGACCUGAAUGAAAUCAAUGAGGUUCCUUUUUUCGAUGUGCAGCUCCCUUAUGAGCUGGCACUGAAGAUAUUCCAGUACCUGGGCAAGGCUGAGCUGGGAAGGUGUGCUCAGGUCAGCAGGACGUGGAAAAUCCUUGCAGAAGAUGAGGUGUUGUGGUACCGGCUGUGCCAGCAGGAGGGGUACCUGUUGGACACGAGCAUCUCUGACCAUUCCUGCUGGAAGCUCGCCCUCAAAAACUGCAGAGCCAGAGAGCACAUGCUGAAAACCAACUGGAAGAACCGCGUGGGUGCCGUGAGCCAGCUGCGCUACGAGCCCGGCCGGGUCCUGUGUGACGUGCACUGCUGCGAUGGCGUGGUCAUGGCUGGGUACAGCUCAGGGGAGGUGAGACUGUGGGACACCCGCACCUGGGACUACACAGCUCCUGUGCUGGCAGCAGUGGCAGUGCCUGCAGGGGCUGGAGCCCCGCCACACGUCUCUUUUGUGAGGAUAAACAGCUCCCUGGCCGUGGCAGCCUACGAGGACGGCACUGUGAGUGUUUGGAGCCUGCUGCUGGGGCAGGAGCCCAUCCAUCACUUCCAGCACAACCAGCGCGUCCAGGCCCUGGCGCUGGCCCCGGGCGGCGCCGCCGUGGCCACGGCCUCCGGCUUCCAGGUCAAGGUGGAGAGCCCUGACGACAAAGGGUUCUGGCAAACCCCAGGAACCUUUGAAAUCCAGAAAUUGGUCAACUUCCUUAAUCUGGUUCCAGAUGUCCCAGGGAGCCCAGUGGCAGUGGCAGCUGCAGAGGACAUUGUCUAUCUCCUGAAAGCAGAAGAUCCUGGCAAAGUUCUGCACUCUGUCUAUGGUCAGCCUGUCACCUGCCUCGAUGUGGCUGCUCACGAAACAGCCUUUGGCAUCAAAACCUUUGGCUGGUUACUGAAUGAGCCCAACCAGAUCCUUCUUUACAACCUAGAAACAAACCAGUGUGUGACCAAGGUGGGCAACUCCAUCGGUGCCUUCUCCUGUGUCAACCUCCAGAGCAGCCCCCCCAACAUGCUGGUGGCAGGCAACAAGGACAGAAGGGUGAGGGUGUUUGACCUGCGCUGUGCCCAGCCCGUGUGCUCCCUGUACGGCCACCAGCUGGGAGUGUCUGCAGUGCAGAUGGACGAGUGGAAAAUCGUCAGCGGAGGGGAGGAGGGGCUGGUGUGUGUGUGGGACCAGCGAAUGGCCACCAAGCUCUGGGAGAUGCACUCCAGACAUCCUGUCCGCCACGUGUGGUUCAACUCCCACAGCCUGAUCACUGCCAACAUCCCCGAGGAGAAGAACCCCCGAGGCUCCAGCAUCACCGAGGAUGACCCCAGCUUGCACCGAAAGUACCGAGGGGUGAUUUAUUCCUACGAGUUCUCUGUGGACCAGCUGGCUGUGGACAGUGUCCUCCCCAUCUGCCGCUCUUCCUACGACGAGGUGACAGGGUACAACUACAACAUCGGCCUGGCAGUGCCCUAUGACAGCAUCUAGGGCACUCCUUGGCCUCUGGGGCCAGCCUGGGCCACAGGCAAAGGAAAAUCAAUGUGGGACAAGCACCCAAAAGCUGCUGUGGGCUGCAGAAAGUCCUGGGGAUGUGAACCCAAACAGGGCAGGGCUGCCCUGGAGCACCAUGCUGAGUUGUCACUCUGGACACGUCCAGGGGUGCAGCCUGGGGGAGUGAAGGGGCUGAGAAGGGAAAGGGAGCACUGGCAGGGUGAGCAGAACUAUUCCUGCUGCUUGUGGGAAAGGUGCUGCAGCUCCCAUCUUGGUCAGGAAGCCAGAGUGGGACACUGAGGAGGUGGGAGCUCUCUGAGGAGUUCUUGCCUACCCCAAGAGGGGAAAAAAAAUCACCAGGGACUUGGAAAAAGCAUGUGCUGAGCCACAUGUUUGAAAUGUCUGUCCUGAUGCUGAGCUGCUGGUUCUUGUUUUCCUUGGAGUACAUUGGAAUGUGCCUGGGAACAGGACAACAGACCCGUGCACAAAAGGUUAUGGUGGCUGGAGAGGGAUUGGGAUGGAGAGAAAACAGAGGGGAAGGUUCCCUAGGCCAGGCUGGAUGCUUGGGAACUCAGCAGGCCACACACAUCCAAAUUAUUUUAGAAUAAAUUAUUUUUUUAAUUCUUCAAAGUCCUGGAUUAAAUGUUUUGUAAUUAUA